AUGUAUCAAAAAGGUUUCAUCAACUGCAACACGAACGCGCUGCAGUCGCUGGCCCAGCUGCAUGGCAAGUCGCCGUUCUUCCCCGGGCUGGAGGAGCAGGCGGCACUGCUGGAGGAGUCUGGGCCGCACUUGGUGGACGGGCAGGUGCUGCCGCCGCCCGCGCCCUCCCUCAGCUCGCCGUCGCGCUCCUCGCCGCACAGCCAGGGCUCCGAGACGGGCGAGCGCUACUCCAGGAAGGUCUUCGUGGGCGGCCUGCCGCCGGACAUCGACGAAGAUGAAAUCACUGCUAGUUUCAGACGGUUUGGUCCACUGGUUGUUGACUGGCCACAUAAAGCUGAAAGCAAGUCCUACUUCCCUCCAAAGGGAUAUGCCUUCCUUUUAUUUCAGGAUGAGAGCUCAGUACAGCAAUUAAUUGACGCUUGCAUCCAAGAUGAUGAUAAACUGUACCUGUGUGUGUCUUCACCGACAAUAAAAGACAAGCCUGUGCAAAUCCGGCCAUGGCGUCUAUCAGAUGCGGACUUUGUGCUAGAUGCCUCGAUGCCACUAGAUCCUCGUAAGACAGUAUUCGUUGGGGGUGUGCCACGUCCUUUGAAAGCAGUGGAACUGGCCAUGAUUAUGGACCGUUUGUAUGGUGGUGUCUGCUACGCUGGUAUUGAUACUGAUCCUGAACUAAAAUACCCAAAAGGUGCUGGCCGUGUGGCUUUCAGCAGUCAGCAGAGUUACAUUGCAGCUAUUAGUGCACGCUUUGUUCAGCUGCAGCAUGGUGAUAUUGAUAAACGGGUUGAAGUGAAGCCAUAUGUUCUUGAUGACCAGAUGUGUGAUGAAUGUCAGGGACAGCGCUGUGGUGGAAAGUUUGCACCAUUUUUCUGUGCUAAUGUGACAUGCCUUCAGUACUACUGUGAACACUGCUGGGCUACAAUCCACUCAAGACCAGGACGUGAAUUCCACAAACCUCUAGUGAAGGAAGGAGCAGAUAGACCGAGGGCUGUGCCGUUCCGCUGGUGUUAACGUUGGAGCGCCCUAGCUCUGUGUGUGACGAACGGCUCUGAUGUGGCACCCACUUCACUUCACUGCACUAAUUACUGGGCAAAUACGGCAAAUAGAAAAAUUCUGUAGCAAGUGUGUUGUCGCGUCGCAGGAGACCACCGUCGUAACAACUGUAGGCUAGCUGUUUUCAUCGCUGUUUAUAUAUAUAUACAUAGACAUACAAUUAUAUAGUAAAAUAUAUAUAUAUACAUAUACGGUAUGUAACCACACAUUCUUAAAUAUCUUUUUUAAAGAAUGAGUCCUUCACAAUGUAGCCCGAUCGAACGGAUUGUACAUUGGACAACUUACUCUUUUUAAUUACUCGCCAGUUUGCAUGAGGCAAAAAAGAAAGAAAUCCCUGUCGUGGCCACUGAUAAUGUCGAUAUAAAAUGUACGUAGCAGGUGUAACAGUGUGAUUUGUUAGUUUCUCUGCCAAUAUUCGUGCAGAAUUUUUGUGAAUUUUCAGGGUAUUUGUAAAUAUGCAUUGAUAGUUCAAUCAACUUUUGUAUUUGUCGUACAAAGUGUGUACAGCCUGUUUAGAAAGCAAGCUUGCCCAUCUCCUGGUCUAUUUCCUGCUUUCCCUUAUCCUUGUGAUUUUCGUAUAUCCUGGUGUAAAUAGUCACUGUAAAAAUAAUGUAGUAUUCUUGUAUUAAUUUGUUUCAUAUUGAGAAGUGUACCUUUCAUAUUUAUUUUUUAGGUCUCAUUUUUGUACAUAAUGAAUUUUUGCCACCAACAGACACUUACCGUUAAAAGUCUCGUGUCACUAUUUGUCAGUGGAUGAAAGUCCUCGACUGACUUUUUUAUACGUGUCCUAGGUAUUGUACUACAUACCUUACAUAUUGAUUACAAUAUUUAUGAUGUAUUUAAGAGAAGAUAUUGGCAGAGAAACUAAUUUAACUUUUGUAGCUUUAUCGUGCACACAUUUUUAAACUACGUAUAUCGUCAGCUGAUAUACAAAAUAUAUAUUUAAAUAUACAUAUAUAUUAUAUAUAUAUUUAUCUUGGCUUUUU